CGUUUUGCGCGCAACGUGCGUCUCUGGUGCGCCUCGUGCUUCUACGCCGUUCGCGUUGGAUCUGGAUUCAUGCUCACGCUCGCCGUGCUCACAACUCGUUGCGCGUGCCACAUGAAAAUAUGGCGAGCGAAAGCAUGCGUCUUGUGACCCCUCAACGUGUUUUCGGUCUUGAAUCGCAAGCGUGAACCCACAAAUCAACAACUAAUCUUCAACCGUGUGUAGCUGCUACUGGAAUAUUUCAACGGUUGAUCGUGCCAAUCAUGGAGUCGCCACCAAUGACUAAUGGAACAUAUCAUCAUCACCAUCAUCAUCCUGAGCAAGAACCGUGCGCGCCGCCCGACAUGGACGACCUGGAGAUCGAAGAAGAUGACGAAGUGCUCCUGCUGCCGCUGUGCUUUAAGGACGACAGCCUGCACUCGGACACGCUGAACGCCCUCAACAUGAUGCGCAAGAACCGGCAUUUUUGUGACGUUAUACUGCACGUCGGUAAUGCAGAGAUUCACGCACAUCGCGCCAUCCUCGCCAGCGUGUCGCCAUACUUUUUCGAGUUGUUCUCCACGGAAAUCGAUCAGAAGCAUGUGGAGAAUGUGAUUACCUACAAGUUGAAUGGCGGCUUUGAUAAGAAGGCACUUAAGCUGCUCAUUGAGUAUGCGUAUACGGCCACUUGUGAAAUACCUGUUGAUUUGGUGAAAGCUGUUUAUCUGGCCGCAUGUCAUCUGAAAAUCGAUCGUGUCGCCAGGCGGUGCGCCCAGCACCUGAUUAAAUACUUGUCCGUUGAUAAUUGUAUCGAAAUCAGGUCAUUGUCAGGCAUCGCACGCAAUAAGGAGUUUGUACAGCAAGUGGAUGCUUUCAUUGCCAAGGAAUUUGAUAAAAUCAGUCAAUCCUCGUCAAUGUUCAACUUGUUGUGCACGAAAAUCGAGAUCCUAAAUCAAUCGCGCCAGGAAAUGGACCUGGUAAAUCACGCGUCACUAUGUCGCUUGGUUUUGGACUGGAUCCAUCGACAAUUGAACGAUGAAACGCUCAACAUCAACACGUUAAACGAGCGUACACACAUGCUCUAUCUUGGCAUUGAUAACUUCCUGCAGGAUUGCGCUAGCUUGCCAACAGGCGAUGUCUGUGACACGGAUAUUGUUCAAGACUACAAAAAGAUGUCACUGAAGAACGUGCAGAGCAACUCAAAACCCAAGAAGAAGUCUAUACAACCAAGCAAACCGCGUGUUUUAAUCUAUUCCAGAGAAAUCGGCGAGGAUCAACUGGUUGCCGAAGUGGAACCUGAUUGGAAUUUGAUCGCUUCGUCAAAAGUCGGCGAGCAUACAUUCUUAGCUUUAGUCACUCUGGCUGGAAAGUUGACCAUUUUAUCCAUCCAACUGAGGUUAAACACGCCUUCUACACCAUCUCCCAUGUCAAGCACCCCAGAUGUAAGCCGUCCAGCGAGCGAAGACAAACCAGACUUAUACUGUGCGCUUGCAAACAUGUAACCCCGAUGUGCGGUGGGUUGCGGUAAUCUACACAACACUCUAAUCGUCUGUGGAGGUUAUGAUCGCAUUGAAUGUCUACGCACUGCGGAACAAUACAAUCCAGACACCAACACGUGGAAAACUCUUCCGCAGAUGAAAGAAAGUCGUGGAAGGUUCCAAGUAGCUGUCUUAGACGGUAAAAUCUACGCGAUUGGAGGUAGUAAUGGCACUACAGAGUUAGACACAGUCGAAAUGUUGGAUAUUCCUGUUGGUAAAUGGGUGGAUUUACCAAAAUUACCCUUAGCGCGUAGUAAUCCCGGCGUGUGUGACCUCGACGGGCUGGUUUACUGCAUCGGCGGGUGGAAUGGACAAGUCGGCAUCAAACAAUGCGAUGUUUUCAACCCGGAAGCCAAAGGAUGGAUGUCCAUUGCCCCCUUAAAUAUAGGCAGAUAUCAAACAGGUGUAACUUCAUAUCGAGGUUUACUCUACGCCAUUGGCGGAUGCGAUUCGUGGAAUUGUCUCAGUUCUGUCGAAGUCUACAACCCGGAAGAAGACGUCUGGACGAUGUCCAAGCCAAUUAUAACAGCGCGACGCGGCUGUGGCGUGGCUGUGUUUAAUGAUAUGCUCUAUGUCGUUGGCGGCUCGGACGGCACCCACUCGUUGAACUCUACAGAAGUAUACGAUACACGGACGGAGACGUGGAUUGUCGGCCCGUCGAUGACGACGCCGCGCGCGAAUGUUGAGGUUGUCGUUGUUGGCAAGCGUCUAUACGCUGUCGGUGGGUUUUCAGGCAAAAGCUUCCUGAAUACCAUUGAGUAUUUGGAUAUCAACUCGAAUGAGUGGACGACAUUCGUGCCGAAAUACGCGGAAGUUCUGAACGGACGCAGGAGUCGCACCACGUCACGGCAGAGCACCUCCGAAGGCGUGCCGGAUAUUGCCAGCCAUGAGCUAAAUGGGACCACGGACGCUGCCAACGUUAAAACCGUCAAGUAUUGCGAACUCAACGAGAGCGAGAAUCAUGCUGAGCCUGAUAACUAAUCAGGCUGUAGAUUCUGCUCGAUACUUGAGAGAAAAUAUCUAAAAAACAAACAAGGUAUCUUUUAUAAACAUGUUUUUCUUCGUGGAAACCAAUUUGUCAUACAUUAAGUACAUAAUAAGGCUCUAAGAUUCUAACAGGGGGCGCUGUUUAUGAUUCCUGAACGCAUUUAAUGAAAUUUGUAUUCAACAUUUACAUUAUUCCUAUUUCAAGGCUGAAGAGGUUAUAUCUGCUGUGUGACGUCACACAUGCGACAUGCAACACUGGUCUAUCAGCCACAGUGUUGCCGGGCGGUUUUUUUGUCGACAAAUUGGACGUUUUGGUCAUGUGUUAUUCAGAAAAUGAGAUAUAUUUUUACAAUUAUCAUCAAUAUUUACAUCGUCUACAUGCUGCAACUGUUAGUUGUGUAAGCAGUAUGCUCGUAGUCAAAGUGUCAAGUAAUUUUUAUUGAUUUCACAUUCACACAACACCCACUGGAUAGCAAACAAUCUCAAACGAUGUAAAAUCUUAAUCUAGUGUUAAGCAUAUAUAGCUAUUAGUGAAGUUAUCGGGGCAGUAAAGAAGAAAAUGUACUGUGCAUUUUUGAAUAAAUGUUUUAUGAGUUCAAUUGCUAAACGAUUGCAGCCAUAGUUAGCAAAUGUCGUCUGGAAGAUGGCGGCGUGGUAAAUAUUUUGUUAAAACACACAUACACACACAUAUAUAUGAAAAAACAACAACAACGUAUUAAGAGAUAUAAGACAAUAACAAUGAAUGAUUUAUCAUCAUUUUCGGUUUGGUGUGGAAGCGGCCAAAAUAAAGAUAUGUUCAAAA